AUGGAGCCGCGCCGAUGGAGGCCCCGGUUCUACAACCCCUUCACGGAGCGCGGACGGCGCACGGAGUACCUCCCCUUGUACCGCGGCUUUUUCCGCACGAUGCCGCUGCACCGUUGGGGGAUCAAUGACAUUCAAAAAACGCUCGGCUACGCCGCCCUCAACCCGUCCCUGUUUGGCUUCCCCGACCAACCCACGUGCAUCGUGAACACAGCGUACUUUCUGCCGUCGCUGCGGAGUCGGCAGCGCGGUGUAUGGGCCUUCGGAACGGAGCGUGGAUGUAAGAGCAUCAUCGUUCCUCACUCAUGUAGUGGAGAGCACUUCGACGCGCUCGAUGCCCGCCUCAUAGAGCCACUCUUCCGCUGGAAUCCUGGUGUCGAAUACGUGUAUUUCUCGCGCCAUUGCGAGGCGAUGGCGCAGCAGCUCCUCAGCUCUCUCAGCCGCUGUCAUCACUUGCGCGAGGUGACCUUGGAGGGUUGGAGCGAUGCCGUCGCUGUGCAUCGCAUCAUGAUGGCGUGCAAGAAUGCCGAUGUGCUGGAGACGUACAGCCUCGAUGACUCGCCACGCAGCUGGCGCAAUGAGCUCUCUGUCCAGGCGCUGACAACCCUUAUCGAGAUGCACCCCAAGCUGCGCGCCGUAAAAUCACACCGUCUCUACCUCGCCGACUGGUAUGAGGCAACCCGCUUCUCUCGGUGCAAGCACAAUGUCGCCCUCAUCCUGUUCUCGUGCGAUUUUGUAGUUUUUUUCUACGUUAUGUUCCUGUGCCUUGUGUGCAUACCUGCGUAUGGCGCGUACCGCAUUGUCUACCGUCUUACCGCGAGUCGCUUGUCGGACGCCUACGCAUGGUUCUGGAGCGUUGUUGCAUUCGUGCUCACCUUCUCGGCGAUUGUCGCCUUCGACUACGUCGGGGGAUCUUACCGCGGUCGUUGCUGGGUGCACAUGCACAAGUACUUCAUCUUUGCGAAGCGGCGCGUGGACGUUUGGAUGAACGUGCACCAGACGGCGAUCGUUUUCCGCAAGAGCUGA